AUGGAGUCGAGCAUAGUGGUGAAUGCUCGCUCGAAGACGGCCAAGAGGAGGACUGGCGAGGGCACCGCCUCCGCCAUUAAACUCCAUAAAAUGGAGGACUGGCAGAUGUUUCGUGUCUUCGACAGCAAGGCAGAGACGGAGGAGUCCGAUUCCGAGGAGGAGCGAAUCUUCGAGGCGGCCGUGCUGGGCGGUGCUGGGAAUGCGAACAACAACAAGGAGGAUGGCGAAAAGCUGCCCCCGAAAGCGGAGAAGAAGGCAGCAAAGGGAAAGACCGUUGGCAACCAAGCCAAGGAUCAUGUUUCCAAGGGGGCUUUGAAAAUCGUGGACGCAGACUCGCUGCUGCAGCAGCUGAUCGAGAACAAUGUGACGGCGACCUAUGCCGAAGCGAUGGUCAAGGACAUGGCUAAGCCGAUCGAGGAACUCAAAGCCGCUAUGCAGGAGCUGCAAAGCAGCAUUGGGAAGGUGCCCGAGGACCUGGGGAAAAAAACGCCGGCUGCUGUGCAGAGGCUCGCCAAGACUGGUGCGAGUGGAAAGUUCCUCAGCAAUGUGAAACGAGAUAUGCAGAGAGCAGCAGUGCCCCACCUGCACCACGUGAAGAUUGCUUUGAGAAACAAAGCCGGGGACAAUGUUGUGCCUACUGCAGUGCCAAUCAUUGCACCUCACGAGCUGGUGCCCUGGCUCAUAAGCAAUGAACUCUUGGUGCUGGACGACACAGCUGCAACAAAGUUCUGGGAGCAUCAUUCUGCUGUUGCUACUCCGGGUGUUUCCAAUUGCCGGAACUUCAAGGAUGGUUUUACUGUGCACCCAAUCUGCAUUUACGGCGACGAAGCUGAAUACACCCAGACCAAGCAGAAGAUAUUGGCCAUAUACAUUAGCUAUCUCGGCAAGACGCCGAGUCGCGACGUCAAUGGGCAGCCGUGGAACAGAACAUCUGAGCACAGUCGCUUUGCGGCAGCUUAUGCUAUGUUCAAGGCCUUCAAUGGAAGGGUGGUGACAAGCUGGCUGGCCCAUGAAACCCGUCUGGCGGCUGACAGCAAGAACACCCAGCGACUCCACCUGGCCGCCGUAGCACUCUUCCAUCUGCAUGACUGGUAUUGCAAAGUGGAGACAGCUGGUCGCUACCUCUCCACAACUGCGGUUUGGCAGAAAUCGGAACCGUUGUACUGUUGA